UAGGUUUAAACAGCCUCGGACUUGCUUCGGGAAGCCGUUGGACUCUCCAAACAUUUGGUUCCUUCGCGCUCAGACAAUGCCAGUUUAGAGAGAGAGAGAGAGAGAGUUAGGGCGUUCGAUUGGACUCCACCAUGGACGUUGCCAUUGUACUUGAUUCAGACAUUUGCGUGGUUGGAAAUGAUAGGAUAAAAGGAGCAAAGGGACCCAAAAUUGGAAGUGCUCCAAGGAAAAGGCUUGCUGACAUAAGCAACUCGCAGCAGCAGCCUAAACCGGUAAACCAAGAUGUGAAUCAGCUGCCCAUUUCGCUUACGACUAAAGAGUUUAUUGAAAAGCUUCAGAAGGAAAACAUGAUACUGAUGAGGCUUGUUGCAGAAAGAAACAAAAUUAUUGAACUGAGCAGAAUCGAGUUACAGAAACUGAGAAUCAGUUUGCAGAAAGUGCAGCAGCAGAAUUUGCAACUUGCCCAAGCAAACAGUCAGAUGUUGGCGGAGCUUAAUUCAGGUAAAGAUAGGCUAAAAGCACUUCAGCAUGAGCUUGGAUGCAAAAAUGGCUUGCUCAAAGCACAAAGACUGGACUCGGAGAUCAAAGCGAAAAGAGUAAUGCAUCAAAAUUUGAGAAAUGAGGUAGGUAAAACUAAACACGAUGAGGGAGGGGAAUCUGCUCAAACAGCUAGGGGGGACUCUAAUACUUGUCAUAACAACAGAAGAAGACGGCAAUCCAAAAAUCAAUCUUUGGGUCCCACCACCGGAAAUCAAAUCAAUACUAAAGAGACUGUUGAAAAUAAGAGCCAUUGUUUGAGAAGGCAAUCUGCAAGGUUCAAAUCUGAAGAACCAGAGCCAAGUGAAGAUUUUUUUGUGACGGAUAGGGCUUCGGGUCCUACCACACUUAAACCAGUCCUUGUUAAACAGGAUAUAGGAAAUAAGAGGCAUUGUUUGAGAAGGCAAUCUGCAAGGUUUAAAUCCGAGGAACCAGAACAAAAUGAAGAUUUGUUUGAGAUAGAUGAUGCUAAAUUCCCUGCAUCUCCUCCAGUUGAUGAUGUGCAUGACAGCAGUCAAAUGCCAUCAGGAUUGCCAGUCAAAAAAGAAGACGCAGGAAAUACCGCCAUUAGAGUUGAAGCUCAAGAAACUCGAAGAUCAUCUGUUGGAAGGCCAUUGCGCCGAGCAGUUGAGAAGGUUCAGUCCUACAAGGAAAUUCCUCUCAGGAUGAAGAUGCGCCGACAGGAGUGAGUCAAUUCUUCCCAAACUCCUCCAUUUGUUGAGUGCUUCCUACCAAUUUUUGUGCCUCCUGAUGUUCUUUGUUCUUGCACCUUCUGUCAAACAACUUUCCCCCCCUGUAAACAUGUUCGUAACUUGCUGUAUUCUUUAUCUUUUAUAAUCAUCUGCAGAUGAUAACUAAGAAUGCAAAAAUUAUCUCGAUUUGGUAA